GUGUAAGCUAAAAUUAUCAGGGGAUAAUCUCUAAACAUUACGAGACAAGCACUUGUGGACAAAAAGUCUUUUAUUUUGAUUCCUCUAACCACCGAUGUGCAUCCUUGAAAGUCUUGGUCUUUGUUUAAUGUUUUUGGUAGGUGAAAGUCUUUGUCUUCCUGGACAUUAUAGUUUUCUCUCUCCAUUAGCUCAUUAUCACUUAGCUUCACCAUAACCCAUACUCAUCCCCCUGCUCAACAGUAUUCUCCUCCUGCUCAUCCGAACCUAGCGCUCGUGCUUGCUGGAUUUCUGUCGUUGAUCUCAUCCCAUUCACCUGUUUGCUCCAGGAAGUCUACUCGGAAAAGUGUUCUCCUCUUGCUCGUCCGAACCUAGUGCUUGUGCUUGCUGGAUUGCUGUCGUUGAUCUCAUAUUGUUCACCAUUCUGCUCCAGGAAGUCUACUCGGAACAGUGAUCGAUUCACCCAUGGCCACUGGAGAGAUUGUUUUGGGUUCCUUCUUGGGUUCCUUCUUUCAUGUCCUUUUCGACAAGUUGGCUUCUCAUGCAUUGGGCUAUGCACAACCGAAAGGAAUCAGCACUGCCCUGCUUGACUGGAAGGAGAUGCUGGUUACAAUCAAUGCAGUGCUGGCUGAUGCAGAGGACAAGCAACUCAGCGGUAACCCUCUAGUGAAGCUGUGGCUAGACGAUGUUAGGGACUUGGCCUAUGACAUGGAAGACUUGCUCGAUGAGUUCACGAUCGAAGCCAAUCAGGCUAAGUCAAAGGCAGAAUCCAGCACAAGCAAAGGUCAGGUGAAAAGGAAGUUCUCUUUCUUUGGCCUAUAUAAAUCCUUUGGAUCAAAUCCAAACCCGCGAUGGCUCGAGUUUGAAACCAAGGUACAAGAGAUCAAAGGCAGCUUGAGAGCGAUUGUCACGGAGAAGGCUUGUUUAAGCUUGAGAGAGAAUGUUGUGGAUAGAUCCAACUACACCUAUAAAAGGGAUCCUAGCACUUCUCUACUGGAGCCUCAGUUUUUCGGCAGGGAGAAGGAAGAAGCACAGAUACUCGAAAUAUUGAUUCGUGAGGUCGAAAAUUAUGAUGCCACACUAAGCAUAGUCCCCAUAGUUGGGAUGGGCGGUGUUGGAAAGACGGCAUUGGCUCAGCGACUGUAUAAUGAUGCCAGGGUGAAUAGGUGUUUCGAGAGGAGAGCAUGGGUUUGUGUGUCAAAUGUUUUUGAUAUUCUUGACAUAACAAAGACUAUUUUGCAGUCGAUCACCGGGUUGUCCUACGAGGGUGAAGAUCUUAACGUGCUUCAAGUUAAGUUGAAGGACAAUCUAUCCGGGAAGAAGUUUCUUGUGGUUUUAGAUGAUAUCUGGAACGAGAAGUAUGAAAAAUGGACUGCCCUCUUAAAGCCAUUUGAAGCGGGGGGGAAGGGAAGCAAGAUCAUUGUCACGACUCGCAACAGUACUGUUGUGUCCAUAACAGGAGCUUCGCCGUAUCCUUUGGAGGUGUUGUCCCUUGAUAACUGUAUAAGCUUAUUAGCCUUUCAUGCUCUUGGAGCAACAAAUUUUGAGAGCCACCCAGAUUUUCAAACAAUAGGCAAGAAAAUAGCUGAAAGAUGUAAAGGUUUACCUUUGGCGGCGAAGAUGUUAGGCGGUGCCCUACGUAAUAAAAGGAAUCCCGAUGACUGGGAAGAUACCUUAAAUAACAUAAUAUGGGAUCUUCCGACGGCACAGAAUGAUGAGAUACUCCCCGUUUUAAAAUUGAGCUAUGUCUAUCUUCCUUCUUAUUUGAAGAGAUGUUUUAAUUAUUGUGCAGUAUUUCCCAAGGAUUACGAAAUCGAGAGGGAUGAGCUAGUACUCAUAUGGAUAGCGGAGGGCUUUAUAGAUGGACGAAACGCAAAGGAGAAUAUCUUGAGAUCUGGACGGAAUCACUUUGAUGAGUUAGUAUCCAGAUCAUUUCUUCAACAAUCAAGUGUUGACGCAUCUAAGUUUUCAAUGCAUGAUCUUUUGAAUGAUCUAGCAAAGUCAAUUGCGGGUGGGACUUGCUUUAGCUCAGGGGAGCCUCAGCAGGCAAGCAAUAAACAUGAUGCAUCAUCUCUUGAAAAAACUCGUUACGCAUCAUUCGUCUCACCGCUUUACAUUACAUCAAAAUGCUUGAGAGCAUAUCACAGAAUGAAGGCACUAAGAAGUUUAAUUCUAGUGCAUGUUGGAUCUAGUGGGGGCUUAUUCUAUAUUUCCAACAAGAUGCUACAUGACUUGCUAGUAGAAUUGAAGUACUUGAGGGUGCUCUCCAUAUGUCACUGUUCCAUUGUAGAGGUACCGAAUUGUGUUGGUGAUUUAAAACAUCUUCAAAAUCUCAAUCUCUCAUACACUCGUAUCGAAAGGCUACCUGAGUCAAUUGUCGGCUUGUGCAAAUUACAAGCUUUGAUCUUAAGAAGUUGUCAUAACCUUUCAAAGUUGCCUCAAGGUAUCACAAAGUUGGUCAGCUUACAGUUUCUUGAUAUUAGAGAUACGAGGAGUCUAAAAGAGAUGCCGUUGGGUAUUGGUAAUUUGAAAAAUCUUACUAUCUUAUCCAAGUUUGUGGUAGGACUAGAUAAAGGGUCAAAGUUAGAGGAGUUAAAGAACUUGCCACAUCUUCAAGGAGAAUUAUUCAUAUCAGAAUUACAAAAGAUGGAAAAAGUUAGAGAUGCAAUUGAUGCUAAUUUGUUUCAAAAGCAAGGCCUUACCAACUUAUCAUUGCAUUGGGGUGAACAUUUGGGAAAUCUCCGGAAUCAUGAGUGUGAAAUGCAAAUGCUUAACUCUUUGCGACCUCACACUAAUCUUGAAAAUCUCACUAUCUCGUUCUGCGGUGGUUCAACAUUCCCAUCGUGGUUAGAUGGUCCAUCCUAUUCUAAAUUAGUGUCUUUGCGCUUGCGGUACUGUCCUAAUGUUAUAUCGCUACCCUCACUUGGACAACUACCUUCACUUAAAGAAUUAUCUCUUGAAGGUCUACAUGUCGUAUGCAAGAUCGACUCUGAAUUUUACGGAAGUAAAAGGCCUUUUUCAUCCUUAACCACUUUGAAGUUCGAAGGGAUGUUGGCAUGGAAGGAUUGGUCUCGUUAUGCCGGGGGCCGAGAAGAAGAAGUCCCAUUCUCUUGUCUUCAGCAUCUUGUUGUCCGAAGAUGUCCUUCGUUCGUAGGGACAUUGCCUUGUCAACUUGAUCGUCUCAUAAAACUUGAAAUUCAUUCAUGCCCCCAUUUGAAUAACUCACCCAGUGAGGCUCAUCUUCCAUCUCUCUGUGAAUUAUACCUUGAGGAUUGUAACGAGGAGAUCUUAAAUAGCUUUGUCAGCCUAACUUCUUUAACCAUUCUCAGAGUUCAAAAUCUUGCGGAACUUGUUUGCUUUAAUCCUGGGUUUAUAAGCUCUAUGGUUAAGCUGAAGGAGCUUCAUAUAAGAAGCUGUGAUAAGCUGACCUACUUGUGGCAAGAUGGAAAUGAAAUGCGAAAACUUACUUGCCUCCAGAGUGUAGUCAUCGAAAAUUGUCCUCGAUUCACAUCUUUUGUGGCCGGAGAAGGAGAGAUAGAGCUAUUGUGCAACCUUGAGAUGAUGGAAUUGACGAAUUGCACGAGUUUAGAAAGGUUUCCAAGCAAGAUGCACACACUUAGACAUUUGAGCAUUUCGAAUUGUCCAAAAAUCAUGGGACUAACCAUUCCUCCAGACGACCACGACAACAAUAACACGAUGUCACAACUUGAAUAUCUGGAGAUUAAUAAUCAAGAUUUUCGAAUAUCCUUUCCGUUUGCCGAGGGUAGACUUGCUGCUCUGAGGGAACUUUAUAUUUGGAAGUACGAGGGACUGGUGUCACUAGAAGAGAUCAUCGCAAUAGAAUCAUUGAAAUCUUUGAGGAUUACCUACUGUAAGAAUCUGGGAAGCCUACCUCUGUGCCUUCACACGCUCACCCAUCUCACACAUUUGAAAAUAAGUGACUGUCCAGCACUGGAGAUAGAGGACUUCCCUCCCCUUCCCCUCACCCUCACCCUGUCGAGUCUUUCACUUUAUAAUUGUCCGAAAAUAAAGUCUAUUGCCAGUUGUAACAUUGCUAGCUGUAUCAAUCUCACUAAAUUGAAAAUAAGUGGCUGUCCAGAAUUGGAGGUGGAGGACUUCCCUCCCCUUCCCACGUCCCUAUCGACACUUGUACUUGAAUGGUGCCCGAAGAUAAAGUCCCUACCAAAUGAGUGGCAUCGUCUUACUUCCCUCCGGUUUCUACGGAUUACGUAUUGUGAAAAUAUCAAAUCCUUCCCCAAAGGGGAUUUGCCUCCCAAUUUGCGGUCGUUUCAACUUUGGGGGUGCGAGAACCUGAAGCAGCCAGUGAGAGAAUGGGGCUUACACCUGCUCACAUCCCUCGAGACACUUGGAAUUGACGGAAGGGGCAUGGGAGGGGAGGGAGAGAAGGUGCGGUUUCCUUCGGAGGAGGAGAACGAGGAGGAGGAUGCGUGGAGUCUUCUCUUCCCUUCCUCUCUAACCUCUCUUGAUAUUGGAUAUAUGAAGAACGUGGAAAGACUGUCGAGCGGUCUUCGCAACCGUCUCUCCUCUCUCAGAUGGUUAGAGAUUUCUAAUUGCCCGAAGUUGAGGUACUUGCCAGAGGAUGGCCUCCCUCCCUCCCUCCAACGAUUGGAGAUACAUGAAUGCGAGAUUCUGAAAGACCGAUGCUCAAACCUCGGUGGCGACUAUUGGCCCCUCAUCCAAGACAUCCCCCGCAUCCACGUCCACGGCGAUCGGAUCCGAUGAAGUGAAACCGAUCCACUUUCGCUUUCAUUUGCUGAGAUUUCGCUAUUCCUUCUUCCAUCUGCGGUCCUUUUUCUAGGGUUCGGAUACUAUUUGUGAUCUGUAUUGGCAAAAUCUCAUGGAAGGAUCACUUGGGAACGCUGUUGAGGAUUCGGAUGCGGCUGAGACACUCAUUCGAGGUCUGGUCUUGUUCCUAGGACGAAUUCUGAUGGUGAAAUUGAUUUUCUUGUCAAAAUACUUCAAUUUGACCAACGAUGGAUCAUUUUCACAGCUAGUAGCCCUCUAUUCGCCUUGAUUUGCAGGAUUUGGACAGUUGAUGUGCUCAUUCAAGGUCUGGUCUUGUUCCAAGGAGGAAUUGUGAUGGUUUGUCAAGAUGAACAUCUACAAGUGUGGACGAGCUCUGGGUGGUUUCUCAAGGCAAGGCGGCGCCUUUCCAUGGAAUUUCCAGGAUUAUAAGAAGAUACUUCAGUCCUCAUAGAAUCAGGUGACCUAGUUCUUGUCAUCAGCAAAGAGUGGUUCACCGGGGUCACAUUACCUUACAGAACUGAAAAUGAGGCUUAGCUACACAUAGAAAGCUAAAAUGGACGAAGAGAGGAUGGCUGCUGAUACACAGGACGUACUCACAGAUUUUUGGAUGAGAAAUAUGAGGAAUGUGGAAAGACUAUCAAAAGUAAAGGAUGGAAGAAGCGUGGAGUAUUCUAUUUCCUUCAUCUUUACCUCUCUUUGGAUGGGAAAUAUGAGGAACGUGCAAAGACUAUCAAGUGGUCUUCGCAGCCAUCUCUCCACUCUCAAACAGCUAGUAUUUGGCAUAUUGGCACCUCAUCCAAGAAAUCCCACUCAUUGUAGUUGAUCGAGUUUGGAUCCAAUGAGAAGAUAUCUAUCCAAUGUCUAAUUUUUGUUCUUCAGAAUAUCCCACUGUCAUCUUUUUUUGGCAAAAUCUCUCAAGAGGAUCAAAUGCAAACACUGUUGAGGAAAGGCGGAGAGGAGCAAUCAGGGGGACUAUGCUCUGUCGCUCUGUUAAGUCAUCAUGAAAGCCUCACGUCUGCCACAAAGUAUUUUGAUUUAAGAUUGCGAGAAGGCCGUCAUCCAAUAGCCCACUUGCAACCACUUAUCAAGGGUAGGCGAGUCUCGUCACUAUAACCCCACUAAGCUGCUAGAGCUCCCAUCAUAGACAAGGCAAAAUACAUGCACUAUCAUUGCUAGUGGGCUAUCCUCGUGACCUUGCGCUUGUGGAAAAUCAGCUUGUACCAUUAGGCCACAAUCACCAAUGAUGAGCGGUCCCCUGUGGUUCUAUAUUAGCAGAAUCAUAAGGGCCA